UCUUGUGAGCGGGCGCUUCCGUCGUCCUUUUUGAAAUAUGCCAGGUAUAUUACCCGAAAUGAGGCCGGCGAACGCCUCAUUUUGCUGUUUCCUGACUUCACUCUAGAUCUAGUAUGUGUAAACAAUGAGCGCGCAAGGCAUUCUAAUCAAGCAUUAGCGCCAACGUGAAAGACCCAGUAAACGAAUCACUGAACGAAUCAAUCGCUCAAGGGCUUAAAAGGAUGGCGCCGCGUGCGCUUCUUGUGCUUCUUGCGCUUCUUCAGCUUGGAGCUUGUGCAUUUGCAGCCCGACGGUCGCUGGUGGAGCAGGACUCCGUUGCCGAUGCGCGCCUUCAGCGCGCAUCGGACUGCGAGCCCCUAGAGGUCCACCUGGCGCUGGGCGAGCGCGACGGCGAUCUCCGUGUUCAAUGGCGCACAAAGGGUUUCGGGUGUCCCUCCACUGUCACCUGGGGCCGCUCUGACCUGACCCAGCAGCAGCAGGCGCCGCAGGACAGCCGGCGGCGGCUGCAGGCUGGCCAGCCGCUGCUGAGCGCGGAGGGCAGCAGCUACGUAAUCUCGGAGGGCCUGAUGUGCGACUCCCCCGCCAAGAAGAAGCGUUUCAGUGUGAUCAUGCACACAGCGCUCAUGACGGACCUGCUACCCGACACGGCCUACUGGUACCAGCUCGGCGACAGCGGCCGCACCACCGACUUCACGUCGCCCAAGUCGCGCGGCUCCGACUCGCGCUUCUCAUUCAUUGCUUUCGGCGACAUGGGCGAGAGCCACGUCAAGUCUAAGAAGGCUCCCAUGGCGUCACGAACGGUGGACGCGAUCGGUCAGGAGCUCUUCCGCCGCCCAGCCGACCUGAUCGUGCACAUAGGCGAUCUGGCUUACGCGGACGGCAAGUACAAGGUGUGGGACUCGUUCAUGGCUGCCAUCGAGCCGCUGGCUGCCAGCCGGCCAUACAUGGUGGGCAUAGGCAACCACGAGGCCGGCCCCUGCCGCGACACCAACGGCGUGGACCCCUCGGGCGAGGAGCCCUUCGACCCAGACUGGGGCAACUACGGCCCGGAAUCGGGCGGCGAGUGCGGCUCCAUGACCGCCCACCGCUUCAUCAUGCCGGGCCUGGAUCUGGGUCAGCGCGCCGGCGCCUUCACAGGCACCCUGCGCACGGCCGCACAGGCCCGCGCGCUCCGCCGGGAGCUGCAACAGGACGAUGCGGUUGGUGCCGGCACCGGCGUGUCGCGGCGGCGUCGCGUCGAGCACAACCCACCAUUCUGGUACUCGUUCGACUACGCGUCCGUUCACUUUGUGAUGCUGUCUUCCGAGCACGACCUGGGGUCCAGCAGCAGCCAGGCCGCCUGGCUGGAGGCUGACCUGGCGGCGGCGGACCGCUGCGCUACGCCCUGGGUGGUGGUGGGCAUCCACCGGCCCAUGUAUGUGGUGUACCCGCACAAGGACAACCGCAUUGUGGGCGAGCACAUCCGCGCCGCCAUCGAGGACCUGCUGCUGCAGUACCGUGUGGACCUGGUGCUGUCGGGCCACGUGCACGCCUACUACCGCAGCUGCAGCGCCGCCGGCAACAAGUGCGUGGAGGAGGAGGACCAGCUCGGGGGCGUGGCCGGCCGCAGUAGCGCCAGCGAGGGCAUUCGGCACAUCGUGUUGGGCACCGCCGGCCAUGUGCUGUCCAGCGUGGAGGACGACCAGAAGGACUGGUGCGAGGAGGUCCUGAACGAGUUUGGGUUCGGCCGCUUCGACGUGGACGGCGACACCAUGAGCUUCAGCUUCAUCCGCACCGAGGACGGCUCAGUGGGCGACCGCCUCACGCUGCGCUCCAAGAUUGCGCCGGGGGACGCCUGCAGCAGCCGGGCGGCCUGGACCCUGGCGUCAGGCAGGAAGCAGGAGCAGGAGGAGGAGCAGGACGAGGAGAAGGAGGAGCAGGACCAGGAGGAGCAGGACCAGGAGGACGAGGAGGAGGAGGAGCAGGACGAGCAGGACGAACAGGACGAGCAGGACGAGGAGGACGACCAGGAGCACGAGGAGGAGGAGGCGGAGCAGGACCAGGAGGACGACGACGUAGACGAGGUCCGGGAGCAGGGGGUGGAUUCCAAGCUGCAGCUGCAGUCAGCCGGCGCUGCUUCGGCCUCGCUUGCAUGAGGAGCGCGCGUUGCGGCAGAAGAUUUAGGUGCGCAGGAAUAGGUCGCAGGUUUGACCCGUAAGGACGUCAGAUGGUUAGAAGGUGUGAAGCAUAGGUAGGACGUGAAAGAGCUAUUGGGGUGCCGGUGCCUAAGCUGACACUCUAAAGCGUGCGCCUAGCGCGGGCCACUGUUUGAUCCUCCACCGCGUACACCGUAUGGUGUCAUUAUUUCGCAGCUGCAUCAGUUGCAUCGUAUUACGGUUCCCCUUCUUUCUGAGCGUGUAGCUGGCGGGUUUGGCUUUGCUGGCCUGCCCUGAUGAGUGCCUGGUUUGCAAGAGUGAAGGAUACUGAGUCGAGUCGAGCUGAAAUGGAUGAAAGCGCCCCGCAAGGCCUGAGGGGUUAUUUGGACAAGUACUGGUCACUUGAUGUAGAGAGCAUCCUGAGGGUCUUGGCGUGUUUAUUGUCUGAAUACUGCUGUGUCUCCUGAGUUGCAGUGCUAGCAGUUUCAAGCUUGCGAGAGAGUGGCUUUGCGAUGUCGGUGUUAGGCACGAAGCACAUCAUGGGGCGGCCGCAGUAAUAAGGGGGUCUCUAACGAGUGAAGGCGCAUCCGAGGAAGCAGUGGACGAAAGUGGAAGGAUCGCUUGUCCACGCAUGCUGUUUUGAUACAGGAGUUAUGUGUGCGACAUUGGGGUAGGUGUGAUAGACCGGCGUGCGCCGGCUUGCCUACGGUAUGCGAAGUCUGGCAAGAUUGAGGUGUUUCCGGUUAGCGGUUGCUGGUGUGUGUUUAGCCGUUCCCAUGUGUUUAGCCAUGGCGGCAACUGAUUGAAGUCAAGUAUGUGUGCAGCAGGAUUGAUGGAGGACUGCGGUGCUAGCGACAUGUUGGCACCAGCCCUCGGGCACGGGCCAGAGAACUGGGCGGACUCCCUAGGCUGUCAUGCAUAUGGCAAACGACAACUGUAAAGCAUUUGUGGA